AUGAUCAACCAAACCACCACUUCAUCCAUUCACAAAUAUGGAAAGCUUGAUAUCGAUAUAGAUGUUCCCUUUCCACCGGACAUCAAAGCCAUAGAAUUGGUUCGUAAACGAAAAACUUUUAAAAAAUCAAUGAAAUCAUCAAACGGAUUCAUUAUUUAUCGCGGACAAUAUUUGAAGCAGUUGCAUCGAUUAGGAUUCAAGCCUGGCAUGACACAAAUUUCAACAAGCGCUGGAAGGGCAUGGAAAGCUGAACCGAAAAAUGUGAAAAAUUGGUAUGCUGAGUUAGCUGAAACUUCGGGGAAAAUGAUAAUGCAAGAACACAUGAAAUCUGUUGCUUUUAAUAACAACAAUUGGGUUGAAUGGGACGCCACAAAAAACGAUAAGAAACAACAAACAAUUCCAGAGAGUCAGAAUCUUUCAAACUCUCAAAUUACUCAAUAUAAAGAUUUGGUGAAUACACCAGAGGCAUCGAGUCAGUCGAGAGCAUCUAAUGAGCAAACCACGCAACAAACAACUGUCAAUAAUGAUUCUUUUAUUUUGCAAAGUACACGUGACAAAUAUCCAAACUGGCCGAAUUUAUUAGAAAGUUACUCUAAAGUUAAUGUUAAUAACGAUAAUGAUGAUCACCAUCAAUAUAUCAAUACAUUGCAUUUUUCUUCGUCAUCGGUGUCAAAAUUGCAUUUUCCUUCUUCGUCAUCGGUGUCAUCAUUGCCGUCGAAUCAAAAUCAUUUCAUGUUUCCAUACAAAAACUGA